GCGGUACCGAAACACACACCAGGGACAGGGAGAGACCGAGGAGGGGGGACCCAGGCUGAGACUUAUCCAAACUUACACCGAAUCAGACGUGCGUAACUGGGAUAUGACCAACAACCACACACCGUACUCUAACGGGAUGCAAAACCUGCGGACGGAACACCUGUACAAGGUACUGGUGAUCGGAGAUUUAGGGGUCGGUAAGACCUCCAUCAUCAGGCGCUACGUGCACCAGACAUAUUCCACCAACUACCGGGCCACCAUCGGAGUGGACUUUGCCCUGAAGGUGUUGAACUGGGACUCAGAGACCAUCAGACUGCAGCUGUGGGACAUUGCAGGUCAGGAACGUUUUGGCAACAUGACACGAGUGUACUACCGGGAAGCCAUGGGAGCUUUCAUAGUGUUCGACGUGACACGGCCUACGACCUUUGAAGCAGUCAUAAAGUGGAAGGAGGACCUGGACUCCAAACUAAUGCUGGCUAACGGACAGAGCAUUGCCACCGUGCUCCUGGCAAACAAGUGUGACCAGGGGAGGGAGCUGACCAACAACUGCAUCAAAAUGGACCAGUUCUGCAAAGACCACGGCUUUGUCGGCUGGUUUGAGACCUCAGCUAAGGAUAACCUCAACAUUAAUGACGCUGCAAACUUCUUGGUGAAACACAUCAUGGCCACAGAGAAUGACAUCCUGAAAUCUGUGAUACCAGACACCAUCUCACCUCAGAUCGACACCGACAGGCAGAUGAACUGCUCUGGAUGCUUCAAAUAAUUAAACAAGAGACUGAUGAAAGGGUGAAACUCAGAAGGACUCAGAGGGACAGUCACACCACAGGUGGACCUGAGGUACUGUCCGACAUAUUUGGUCCAAACCGGUGUUGAGUAUUUUAGUUUGCAGUUUUGUUUUUGCACAAAUGAAUGCAGAUAUUGCAAACUAAGGCUACAUGGACAUAACAUCAUAUAACCUCUGACUCCUGCAUACUUUUCUGUGCUCUUUGCAUUAAGAACUAAGCAAUUCUGACAUUUUUAAUGUAAUACAACCAAAGGAGGGCAUUCCAGAUAUAAAAAAACAAAUAUCUGGAAACAUUUUAGCCUAAUUUUAACCACUUCUGGAAAGUACUUACAUUGUCAUUAACACCCAUUUUUCCUCCUUUUGGUGAAAAACUAAUACAAAUGGGGAAAUAAUCAGGUUUCUUUGGUGUUAUGUUGGAAAAGCAUAAGAAUGUGCUCAUCAACACUGAAUACUGGAUUUAUUAUCCUCUUGAAAUGUGAAUUUUGCACAUACAAAUGUUAUUUUUGUGUAUCUUUUUUAAGUUAUUUACAGCAAUACACUUUUAGUAGUGCUGCAUUGGUUGAAAUAAUAUAUUAUUUUGCUUAUAAUUCUUCUGGUAAAUGACUACACACAAACAUCUAGUAGUGCAAAUUGUCCGUUGAGACCUGUCAGGCAUAUUUGUUGAAGGAACAGACUCCUCUUAUUGUCUAGAGUUGGAUUUUACUACAAAGAGGUAUUUUGGCUACAACAACUGACUGCAGUACAUGCAUAAAUGUGUCUGUAUAUCGUGUUUCUGUAUCAGAGGAGAAAAUGUGUUGGUUGUCUGGUUGUCGACUGGACAUUCUCAUGACUUCACUUGCCAAAGUCUAACUCUGUAUCCAUGGUAACUAGUCUUUUUUCGCGACUAUCCUCUGACAUCUGUGUGAAGCUAUUUAUUGCUGUUCACUCAAAUGCAUACACACACAUUUGCACACAUUUUUUAUAUCCUUCUGCCUUUUUUAUUCCUCAUUUUCUUCUUUCUCCUCCCCUCGCCCACUCCAGCCUCUGUUUUUUAUUUUUUUAUUUUUGUUUUCUUGCCGAAUUCUCACCGUCCGCUUGACGAUUGUUUCCAGAGUGAUUGCUUUUUAAUUCUUCUCCCUCCUUUUCUGCACCCAUCUGAUUCUCUGUCUCAUGUGUUUACUUCAUGUUCCAUACCCACAUCGACUUUACACACACCCACGAUGCAGCAUCUUUAAAAAUCUUAGCACUGGGGUUGCAUGUACAGAUCUUUUGUUGAGCUUGCACCUCUGUAAAAUUUUGCACAAAACAAAAGCUUUUGAACCCACA